GGCCAGCCAAGUUGGAGCGCGCCCCGCCCGGCGCCCUCCCAGUCCCCGCGCCCUCGCGGCCGGGCCGCGCCACCCGCAGCUCCACGCGCGCCGGGGCCACACUGGGGAGGGCGCGGGGCCGGGCGGCGACCGGAGAGGAGCUCGGGGCGGCGGAGGUGAUGACGGCGGCGGCAUGGAGUUCCCUGAGCACGGCGGACGGCUGCUGGGCCGCCUGAGGCAGCAGCGCGAGCUGGGCUUCCUGUGCGACUGCACCGUGCUGGUGGGCGACGCGCGCUUCCCGGCCCACCGUGCCGUGCUGGCCGCGUGCAGCGUCUACUUCCAUCUCUUCUACAGGGACCGGCCCGCGGGUAGUCGCGACACGGUGCGGCUUAACGGCGACAUCGUCACGGCGCCCGCCUUCGGCCGCCUGCUGGACUUCAUGUACGAGGGCCGCCUGGACCUGCGCAGCCUGCCUGUCGAGGACGUCCUGGCGGCCGCCAGCUACCUGCACAUGUAUGACAUCGUCAAGGUCUGCAAGGGCAGGCUGCGGGAGAAGGACCGAAGGCUGGACCCGGGGAACCCUGCCCCUGGGGCCGAGCGUGCUCAGCCACCGUGCACCUGGCCUGUCUGGACCGCUGACCUCUGCCCAGCUGCCCAGAAGGCCACGCUCCCCCCAGUUGGGGUCAAGGCUGCCCUUCCUCCUCGAGCAUCUGGGCCUCCUUCCUGCCAGGUCCCAGAAGAGUCAGACCAGGCCCUGGACCUGUCACUGAAGUCUGGCCCAAGGCAGGAGCGGGUCCACCCACCCUGCAUCUUCCAGGCACCCCUCUGCGGCGGGAUGCAGCCAGGGGUCCAGCCACUGGUGAAGGAUGAGCGGGACUCGCUGUCGGAACAGGAAGACAGCAGCAGCUCUAGGAGCCCCCACAGCCCCCCGAAGCCACCUCCUGUUCCCGCAACCAAGGACCUGGUGGUGGGCUUGCGGCCGCUGCCGGUCAGCGGGGAACGCAGCCGGGAGCGGGAGCUGGAGCUGGAUGCAGGGCGGGGGGCGAGUGAGGACGAGCUGGGGCCUGGCGGGCCCCUCUGCAUCUGCCCGCUGUGCAGCAAGCUGUUCCCCAGCUCCCACGUGCUGCAGCUGCACCUUAGCGCCCACUUCCGUGAGCGGGACAGCGCACGACCCCGGCUCUCCCCGGACGGCACGGCACCCACCUGCCCGCUCUGCGGGAAGACCUUCUCGUGCACAUACACGCUGAAGAGGCAUGAGCGGACACACUCGGGUGAGAAGCCCUACACGUGUGUGCAGUGUGGCAAAAGUUUUCAGUACUCCCACAACCUGAGCCGGCACGCCGUGGUGCACACUCGGGAGAAGCCGCAUGCCUGCCGGUGGUGUGAGCGCCGUUUCACGCAGUCCGGGGACCUGUACCGUCACGUCCGCAAGUUUCACUGUGGCUUCAUCAAGUCCCUUCUGGUGUGAUGCCUCCCUGCGGGUCCUGAGGGUGCGGUGGAAGGGAAGCGAUGGGCCCUCCCAGGUGGGCCAUCAGCAUGGGGUGUGAAGCCUGGCCAGGUGGAAGUGCCAGCUCAGGCUGGAUGGCUCAACCCGCCCGGCAGAGAGCAUGCUGCCUGCCACUUCCUGGAACUUGGCCUUAGACUGGCGACUUGGGCAGCCCUCCUGCCACCUCGCCUCUCCUUCCCCUCACUCCCCAACUCACUCCAGCCCCCAGGCUUCCUCUCCCAUCCCCUCCAGCCAAGUUCUGAGGGGUGUCCAACCAGCACCUGGCCCUGCCCUGGUUUCUCCGUGUGAGAUGGCACCUCCCAUCCGGGGCUUUCCUGACCACCUCUCUGGCAGGCUUCAGGAGGUCUUCUUGAGCCUGGCCCCUCACUAGGGGAAUCAUUCACAUGUCAGAAAAGUUGGUGUGUGUCCUGAUGGGGUGCUGGGAGGAAACAGGACACUCCUGGGGGGCAGCAGCAGGAACCCCUGCCAGGAAGGCCUGGGGCACACUGAGUGCCAGCAGGGGCCAUCUGGGCACAGCUAGUGUCUGGAGGGGGAGUGCAGCCCCAGCAGGGAUGCUAGAGCAGCAGGGGUAGCCAGCUAGGAGCUGAGUGGCUUUGGCGUCAUUAUCUCUCGGGUGGGAUGUGAGUCCAUGAGAGCGUGCAAUCAUGACUACACUGUAACUUCGAUCAGAGAGUGGGAAUUUGGAACUGGAUUCUCGUUUUGCUUUUUCUUUCCUUUUUUUUUUUUUUUUUUUUUUGAUAUGGAGUUUUGGUCUUGUUUCCCAGGCUGGAGUGCAAUAGCCCAAUCUUGGCUCACUACAACUUCACCUCCCGGGGUUCAAGCGAUUCUCCUGCCUCAGCCUCCCACGUAGCUGGGAUUACAGGCAUGCGCCACCAUGCCCAGCUAAUUUUGUAUUUUUAGUAGAGGCAGGGUUUCUCCAUGUUGGUCAAGCUGGUCUCAAACUCCUGACUUCAGGUGAUCCGCCCGCCUCUGCCUCCCAACAUGCUGGGAUUACAGGUGUGAGCCAUGGCACCCCACGGAGAACUGGAUUCUCGAGACCCAGAAAGAACCUCCCGAGGGGGCCAGAUGGUCUGCUGGUGACUGCCCAGCCACGUGCCUCCCUGCCUGAGUGCAGGUCUAGGAAGUCUCUGGGCAUCCCCAGAGUGGGGCCUGGGCCACCGUGGGCCUUCCUUUGAAGGUCACUCUACCUGCUAAGGGUCUCCCUGGAGCUGUAGGCACUGUCAUGCACUGACUGAGCAGCGGCCAAAGGUUGCCCUGUUUGCCGGGAGCAGGGUUUGUGGGCCCUUUCCUGGGUGAGGCGUGGGUGAAAGUGGCCCUGACAGCAGGGGUAAGGGCAGGUGAGGAGCAGGAGUCCUUCAUGCACAGCCUUGGGAGACUAACGCUCCUCAAUCAUGAGUAGAGUGUGAAGACCACGCCCCUUGUACAUGUCGCUGGUUCAGGUCAAGAGCUGCUUCGCCCACCUAGUCACCAAGCAAAUCUUGCUGCCAGAACCUCACUGGCCUCUGGGGGUCAGCAGGUGCAGAGUCACGUGGAUGCCUGGAGACCACCUGGGCUGUUUCCUCUGACCAGCAAUGGCCUUGAUGACAGAGGCCAGCCGAGUCUACAUUUUUUCCCUUCUCCUGACAACACUGGAUGUCAUAUUUAUUAGUCAGCCUGGUCUGCAGUAAAAGACUGUCCCUAACCCAUCUCCCACUCGCCCUGGGCUCCUGGUAUGCUGGGUGCCAGCCUGGGAGCCCAGCACCUCUGGGUGAUGCCCCAGGGCUCAGAUGCCCUGGAUGGCUUUGGUCUUGAGACAGCUGGGGGUGGGGCCCUGCUUCUGAUUGUCCUGGGCCUCGGCCCCCACCUCUGCAAGAGUUCCGUGUGAUGUGCUCCAUAAUAGUGUGUGUGUGUCGAGCACAUGGCAAGGCCCAAGGCAAGCCGGUGCCCCGCAGAUGGGCAGCCACACUGCCGCCCAAGCACGGAGGUGUGGCCGAGGCACUGGUCUCCCACCCUCUGCUGGGUGGGCAGCCUGCCCUGAGCUCUCUAUCAACACUGGGUUUGUUGUCUUCUGCACAGCUACUGUGAAGAGAAUGUAAGGAGAAGUGGUCGGCUUUAUGAUAACUGACACAGCUGGGACGAAAUAUAUACAUGUCCAAUAUUUAAGACACUAAUUGUGUGGGAGAGUGUAGUGGAGGCCCGUGCAGACGCCAGGCUAGUGGAGUCAGCAGUGGGGGGAUGCUCUGGGGACAGCUCCAGGCUAACCCCAGAAGACAGCUGUUGGUGUACAGUGCCCAGGAGGUAUGGGAAUGGGUGCUGUCUUCCUGUUUUCAGGUCAUGGUGACAGUAAUAAAACCCACCUCCGGUGGAAA